GUGUUGCACUGCCUCCUGGGUCUGGUCACCAACACCUGGUACCUGUGGCUGGUCACUGGGGGCCCUCUGGUCCAGGUCACCCAGGAGAUCUUUGCCCUCAACCUGGCUGUCACAGAGCUGUUCUUCUGCCUUCUCUCACUACUUACUGUCUUCAACUACCUCUUCAUCUAAAGCUGGACCAUCUUCCAAUUCAGCAGCUACACGUUCGGCUUGGUCACCGCCGGUCGCCCUCUGCUCCAGUACCUUAUCCGUGUAGAGCGCUAG